AUGGAGGUGAAUCCUAUCGAUGCCGAAUUGGAAAUUGCAAUAGCUAGGACAGCAAAGAAAACCAGCUCGUAUCUCAAAGCAGUAGCCAAGUAUGCUAUAGAAAACGAUUUGCCGUUGUGCCUGAGUUCUGCUUGGAGCAGUAAAGCAAAAGGCUUGAUUAGUAAUUCCACAGCCGAACUUCGCAGCGAUGUUGCAAGCUGUGCCGUAUGUGGACUUGACCUGCGCAAUAAACGCUGUUUCGAUGUAAAAAUUAAUGCUAGCAAUGAAGUGAGACACAUUCAAGGUGUCUGCUGCGGUUGUCGGCAAGUUUAUGAAUGUGGAGUUGAACAGCUUCCUUCAUGUUCGAAUGCAUCUCAGGAUUCAGAAAGCACAACUGAUCUUUCAAGCGUUGAAACAACAUUUGAUGAAAAUAGCAUAUGUGCUGCAUCGACACCUUUCAAACGACCCAAAGCUCCUUUGUUAAUUUCUCCGAAAGUUACCAGCUCGCAAGAUAAAGGAAAACGAAAUCGAAAGCGCAGGGGAUCCGCUUUAGAACGAUUGUUGAAAGAAGAUGACUCUGAGAUGGAUAGGUCUUUGAGUGGAUUUUUGAGUAUGGUUGCUAAACAUUGAUCUGUAUGUAAAUGAAUGUUAU